AUGUCGGACCUUGGGCCUCUUGCGCCGGACCACAACCCCUUUGCCGACGAUCACGAGCAAUCAGAUACGCAACCAGCUUCUCCAAAGCCUCAAGCAUCAAACCAGUCGAAGGACGUAGCAAGAUCGGCCGCGAACGACGCUACGAACGAGGAUCUUGCAGGGCUGCAGCAGCAACAAUGGCAGGAGCAAGAUACGCAUCUCGAUGCUCUCUCGGCGUCGCUCAACCGCCAGCACGAGCUGAGUUUGCAGAUGAACGAAGAGCUCGACCUGCAUCACGAGCUGCUGGACGAGUUUGAUCGCGACGUCGACAGGACGGGCUUGCGGCUAGGUGGUGCAGCGGGUCAACUCGACCGGCUCAGAAGCAGUCUCAAAGACCACAGCACCCACCCCACUAACGCCACGCGCUCCUCAUCCGUGCCACUCCGACCAUCGAUUCCUCACGAGGGUCUGCAUAGCCUUUGGGCUGGCUGUGUUCGGAUGCCCGUCGUCGAUGCCCCGCAGACUGACAAAUUCCAAACGGGCAGCUGGCCGGAAAUUCGCAGCCGCGAAAGGCAAGAGCUCUACGCCUCGUCCACUGGUGGCUGGGAACACGCUGCGGCUGGAAUGAAGCAACCUGAGCAUCGACCUCCUAAACCAGCAGAUCCAAGCGUAGCAAAGCAACCAUGUUGCACCCGGCUUCGCUUGUGGAGCGGCGAAAAGCCUCGCGAUGCUCCCUCGCUCCCCACACUCGAGGCGGCUCGGCUGUGCUUGUCACCCACGCAGGCUUCCCACAAGCAAUCCCCUUGCACUCGCUUGCUCUUGACGAGGCCUCAUCAUGCCGCUCUAGGUCGCCGUCGCUCCGUACUCGAAUCCUCCGAUGCGUCCCCACCGGCCAUUCAACCCCUGUACCAACCCCCACCCACCACCCAGCCGUCUUCCUUCUCGUCAAGUCGCACACGGAAGUCCGCACCGCCUUCGGAAGGCCUACCUCUAACCCAAAGCUACAACAGCUCCUCUGUACCGCCGGCGGCAGGCGACUCCUGCCUACAUACCGUUCCGCUCUCUGCGCGCUUCUCAAUAGACAUGCAGUCUCCACGCCUGUCCGAAUCCCUCACGAGGGAGGCCCAAGCCAACAUCUGGCAAGGCCCAGCAUCACCUCCGAGUCGCGCAAGCAAGUCGACCACACCCUCCACUCGGGCCAUCAAGAGAAAGCCAGCUCCCAAGGUCCCAUUAGAGCUCCUGCAGGAGGAGCCAACCACGCCCGUUCCCGCUCAGCAAAUGACCGUGCUCCAGGAAAGGUCGCUCAAUCUGCCGACUCACGAAACCGACGCAGCGCCGAAGUCAGCGAGUCCGAUCCCAGCCUCGCCCGCUCGGUCGCAGCAGCAGCCACAGAAGCAGUACAUUCUCGACAUUGAUGCGCCGGCGGACGACAGGAGGGCCUCCACCUCGGCCGACGCUUCUGUCCAGGAGCUUCUGCGCUCAGCCACCCUCGCUCCAAGCUCGGCUGCCGCUCGCUCUCGCAAGGGCCCUCUUCGGUGGAUGCACGACAAGGACGAGCAUGCUCCGUCCACGUCGACAUCAUCAUUGCAACCCCGCCAGCCCGCACUCAGUCGCAAGACCAGCAUUUCGGCGCAGCUCAAGCUUUCGCUCCGCAGGAACAAGGUCGAGAACCAGCCUGCCGGGCUUGUCAUCUCGGCACCCACCAACUUUGUCCACCUGAGCACGGGGACAGAGGGAGCGUACGGGAGCGUGGGUGCGUCGUCGCUCCGACGAUCGUCCACCACUUCGGCUGCAUCUCGCGACUCGUCCUUGCGUUCGUCGGUCGCUUCCAUCAGCAGCGCAUCGUCCUUCGGUAGCGAGGCUGAAUUGGCCACAGCGUCCAAGCACGUGGAUCAGGACAAGGCGCUCUACUCGCCAAGCGAGAAGAAGCACCCUCUGCGUCCACUCAAAUCGAUCCGAAGACCGUCCAAGCUCACGCUACAAGAUACCAGCCUUCCGCCCAUUCCCGCGGGGACUACGAGUCCCAAAGAUAAGCGCAAGGCGAUCUAUGCAGCGCCCGGAUCGGUACCUGCGAUUCUCGAGCCCACCACCGACGAUAUGCCGACUCCAACUGCCACUGCCAGUGCAAUCGUUGCAGGGUCGCCGGGUACUUCUCCUGCCGGAGCAUACUUUGCUGCCACACUCGACCGUACAUUGGGUCGUGCACGUCUAGAGGCAGAGAACGGCAGUCCCGAACCAGAGCUGAGUCGAAGCCCAAGUUCGGCAUACGACUCGUCGGCUCCCACGAGCAAGCGCUCAAGCUUAGCGUCGUUGCAUCAGUUUAGUUCGUUCCUCGACUUUCCCGAUAUGCCUGCGCUCUCGAGGACCAACUCGGGCGAGAGAGUCAAGCAUGACGAUCCUUGGUCCGCUCUCCAACCCCAUGAUACCGUCACUGCUGUUUAA